GUGGGGGAGGACAAGGGGCGCGUGGUUUUCCCAUCUCAUCCCUGGAGGAGGGGCUGGAGCAUCCCGGGCAGCCAAUCAGGGACAGGCUGGGGGGGGAGCACUUUGAAGAAGUUUGGGGAAAAAAGUUUGGAAAAGUUUCUAUAAUAACGAGGGGGCGUCCAGAGGGAGGCGGCAGCGGCAGAGGAGGGGGCGUCUAAGAGCAGGGAGGGAGGGAGCCACGGGUCAAGAUACUGAAGCCUCCUGAGAUCACCCCUCCCACCCAGACCAGGACCUGGGGGGGUCUGGCCGGACCGAUGGGGGCAGCGAGCUGCGAGGAUGAGGAGCUGGAAUUUAAGCUGGUGUUCGGGGAGGAAAAGGAGGCCCCCCCGCUGGGUGCGGGGGGGUCCGGGGAAGAACUGGACUCAGAGGACGCCCCACCAUGCUGCCGUCUGGCCCUGGGGGAGCCCCCUCCCUAUGGCGCUGCCCCCAUCGGCAUUCCCCGGCCACCACCCCCUCGGCCUGGCAUGCACUCCCCACCACCUCGUCCAGCCCCCUCACCUGGCACUUGGGAGAGCCAGCCAGCCCGGUCAGUGAGGCUGGCAGGGCCGGGAGGGGGAGCUGGGGGUGCUGGGGGAGGCCGUGUUCUUGAGUGCCCCAGCAUCCGCAUCACCUCUAUCUCUCCCACUCCCGACACGCCAGCCACACUGGAGGACAACCCUGAUGCCUGGGGGGACGGCUCCCCCAGGGAUUACCCCCCACCAGAAGGCUUUGGAGGCUAUCGAGAGGCAGGGGGCCAGGGCGGGGGCCCCUUCUUCAGCCCGAGCCCUGGCAGCAGCAGUCUGUCCUCCUGGAGCUUCUUCUCAGAUGCCUCCGAUGAGGCAGCCUUGUAUGCAGCCUGCGAUGAGGUGGAGUCUGAGCUAAAUGAGGCGGCCUCCCGCUUUGGCCUGGGCUCUCCGCUGCCCUCGCCCCGGGCCUCCCCUAGGCCGUGGACCCCUGAAGACCCCUGGAGCCUGUAUGGUCCAAGCCCUGGAGGCCGGGGGCCAGAGGAUAGCUGGCUACUCCUCAGUGCACCUGGGCCUACCCCAGCCUCCCCAAGACCUGCCUCUCCAUGUGGCAAGCGGCGCUAUUCCAGCUCUGGAACCCCAUCUUCGGCCUCCCCAGCUCUGUCCCGCAGAGGCAGCCUAGGAGAGGAGGGGCCUGAGCCACCUCCACCACCCCCAUUACCUCUGGCCCGGGACCCUGGCUCUCCUGGCCCCUUUGACUACGUGGGGGCCCCACCGGCUGAGAGUAUCCCCCAGAAGACCCGGAGGACUUCCAGCGAGCAGGCGGUGGCCUUGCCUCGAUCUGAGGAGCCUGCCCCAUGCAAUGGGAAGCUGCCUUCGGGAGUAGAGGAGGCCGGGCCCCCUGCUGGGGGUCCUCGGAAGGAGGUGGCCGGCAUGGACUACCUGGCAGUACCCUCCCCACUGGCUUGGUCCAAGGCCCGGAUUGGGGGACACAGCCCUAUCUUCAGGACCUCUGCCCUCCCACCGUUGGACUGGCCUCUACCCAGCCAGUAUGAGCAGCUGGAGCUGAGAAUUGAGGUGCAGCCUAGAGCCCACCACCGGGCCCACUACGAGACAGAGGGCAGCCGGGGAGCUGUCAAAGCUGCCCCUGGUGGUCACCCUGUCGUCAAGCUCCUAGGCUACAGUGAGAAGCCACUGACCCUACAGAUGUUCAUCGGCACUGCAGAUGAGAGGAACCUGCGGCCUCACGCCUUCUAUCAGGUGCACCGUAUCACGGGCAAGAUGGUGGCCACAGCCAGCUAUGAAGCUGUAGUCAGUGGUACCAAGGUGUUGGAGAUGACCCUGCUUCCUGAGAACAACAUGGCAGCCAACAUUGACUGUGCUGGGAUCCUGAAGCUUCGGAAUUCAGACAUUGAGCUGAGGAAGGGUGAGACGGACAUUGGGCGCAAGAACACACGUGUGCGGCUGGUAUUCCGGGUACACGUGCCCCAGGGCAGCGGAAAGGUCGUCUCGGUGCAGACAGCAUCGGUUCCCAUUGAGUGCUCCCAGCGCUCGGCCCAGGAGCUGCCCCAAGUGGAGGCCUAUAGCCCCAGCGCCUGCUCCGUGAGAGGAGGGGAGGAACUAGUGCUGACUGGCUCCAACUUCCUGCCAGACUCCAAGGUGGUGUUCAUCGAGAGGGGCCCUGAUGGAAAGCUGCAGUGGGAGGAGGAGGCCACAGUGAACAGACUGCAGAGCAAUGAGGUAACGCUGACCCUGACCAUCCCCGAGUACAGCAACAAGAGGGUGUCCCGGCCAGUCCAGGUCUACUUUUAUGUCUCCAAUGGGCGGAGGAAGCGCAGUCCUACCCAGAGUUUUAAAUUCCUGCCUGUGAUCUUCAAGGAGGAGCCUCUACCGGAUGCAUCUCUCCGGGGCUUCCCUUCAGCAUCGGGCCCCCCCUUUGGCUCUGACAUGGACUUCUCACCACCCAGGCCCCCCUACCCCUCCUAUUCCCAUGAAGACCCUGCUUACGAAACUCCUUACCUGUCAGAAGGCUUCAGCUAUGGGACGCCCCCUCUGUACCCCCAGACGGGGCCCCCACCAUCCUACAGACCCGGCCUGCGGAUGUUCCCUGAGACUGGGGGUACCACAGGUUGUGCCCGCCCACCUCCAGUCUCCUUCCUUCCCCGGCCCUUCCCUAGUGGCCCCUAUGGAGGACGGGGCUCCCCUUUCCCCCUGGGGCUGCCCUUCCCUCCCCCAGCCCCCUUCCGGCCUCCACUGCCUUCAUCCCCACCACUUGAAGGCCCCUUCCCUCCCCAGAGUGCUGUUCAUCCCCCACCUGCUGAGGGAUACAAUGAGGUAGGGCCAAGCUAUGGCCCUGGGGAGGGGGCUCCGGAGCAGGAGAAAUCCAGGGGUGGCUACGGCAGCGGCUUCCGAGACAGUGUCCCUAUCCAGGGUAUCACGCUGGAGGAAGUGAGUGAGAUCAUUGGCCGAGACCUGAGUGGCUUCCCUGCGCCUCCUGGAGAAGAGCCUCCUGCCUGAACCGUCGCCUGGCACCCCAGCCCCUCUCCCCUCUCCCUGCCCACUUUCCCGGCAUCCUGGGGUGGUGGCUCCAGAAGCUUGCGGGCCAGUCUGGUUCUCCUUUACCCGGAAGCUCUCGCCUCCUCUCCCCUGCCCUCCCUUACUCCAGCUGAGGUGUGGCCCCCAGGCCUGGUGCUGCCUUGGAGGGCUGGGGGAGGGAGAGUGUGGAGGACUGGGCUGGGGGUGGACCCUGGGUGGGGGCUGGGUGUGAAGACUGGAGGACUGGAGUGCAGGUCGUGUCUAGACUGUACAGGCCACGGUACUGGGAGGCUGGAGACAGGCUGGUGGAUAAUAAACCACUCACUGACUAGUG